UCUGUGAUCCUGUUAGGCCAUUGAUUUACAAAAAAUAUGUGAUAUACCACUGCAAUGUUUAAAUUCCAAUGAAAAAUUUCUAAAAUUUCUGCGUACAUAGCAUCGAGUGAUUUUUAUAUUAAUCCAGAAAAUGUGGAAAAGUAUUUCGAGAGAAAAGUAUUCAAAGGAGAUUUCCAUAUAAACGAAUGAUGAAAGUUAAUAUAUACAUUUGAUUAUCGAACCGUUUAAAAUAUGUUCUCCAAACAAGUGCUAUUGAUAUAAAUUUUCAAUAUUUUCGUUUCGAAGAGAAAAUAAGUUAUUUUAUUAACGUUUUGUUGAUUGCAGUCAUGUGGUUGAAAUCAGUUGUAGUAUAGCGUAUACAAAAGAUCGAUAAAGAAGUGACUCGAUGUUAUCAUAAGGAGAAUUUUAGUUAAACGUCUGAAUUAUUUCACAAUUUGAAGCAAGAGGUUAAGAAUGUUCGUAUACUUUGACAGAUAAUUUCAUAAUUAGAUAACGAAAUGUGAAAUUAAAAUUGUCUCGUUUGAUUUUCUUUUUUUAAUUUUUAUAUCUAAAGUAUGCUUCUCUAAUGUAUGUUACUAAUAAAAUAGUAAAAUUUUUCUAUACUAUUACGAUGCCGUUUAAAUUUCAUUUAAAGAGAAGUCGUCAAUAUAAUGUAGUGUCCAAAAAUCAAUAUGUAAUAUGUAUAGAAUUACUGGACACUACAUCAAUAGAAUGUACUUUAAAUAUUGACAGUUUGGGUCAAGAAUGUCUGGACAAUAUUGUACAACGAUUAGGGCUUGUACAACCUGAAAUUUUUGGAUUACGUUAUAUAAGUCGACAUGGUUCUCCUUCUCCUCGAUGGGUAGAUAUGGAUAAACCAUUAAAACGACAACUUGAGAAAGAAGCUAAGAAUUUUAGUCUCUAUCUAAGAAUUAUGUAUUACGUUACAGAUGUUCAAUGUAUACAAGAUGAAAUGACAAGGUAUCAUUAUUAUCUUCAGUUAAAAAGCGAUGUAUUAGAAGGUAGGAUUCAUUGCAAUUCUAGACAAGCUACUCUUUUAGCAAGCUAUUCGAUGCAAGCAGAGUUUGGUAAUUAUAAUACAGAACGGCAUACAAUGGAAUGCUUACAACAAUGUACCUUCUUUCCCAAGGAUGUAAUACAAUCAGAACCAGGUGGUUUAGAUGUUUUAUUGCAUAAUGCAGUAUGUCAAUAUAAAAAUUUAAUUGGAGUAACACAAGCGGCAGCUGAAGAAUUAUAUAUUUCCGUAGUUAUACAAUUGGAAGGGUAUGGUAAUGAAACGUUUCCUGCAAAGGAUAGUACUAAUUCUGAAGUGAUACUUGGUGUAUCUCUUAAUGGAAUUAUGCUGGUAUGUCCUAAAUCUCAAACUACGCACUUUUAUAGGUGGAAAGAUAUUAGUAACGUCAUAAAUCAUAAAAAGACAUUUAGAAUAGAAUGCCAGUCUGAAGGCGAAGAUGCAAAACAAUUUAUAUUCAAUGAGUCGCGUGAUGCAAAAUACGUAUGGCGUCUGUGUAUAGCACAACACACAUUUUAUAUGCAACAUCAAGAAUCACGACCUUCAGAAAGAUCUAAUAAUGCAUAUUUUGAUAGCGAUACAAAUGAUUCUGGAGAACAAGCUGUGUCUAUGGAAAAUCGUAGGGAAGAUGAUCACAUGCAUUGGACGAGCUACAAUGAUCUUUCAACUUCACCGUAUCCUGUAGUCUCAGUUUCUUCAACUGAAAUAAAUAAUCUACGUGCCUUAUUACCGUCCUAUAGACCAGCACCAGAUUAUGAAACUGCCGUUCAAAUGAAAUAUAAUAAUGGAGGAAAUGCUCCUCAGCCUUAUUAUGCAAAUCAGUCUACUAUUGUUGGACAAGAUAUUUCGUGCCUUCUUGGUAAUGUGGUAAAUAGAAGUAGAUAUUAAUUUGGAUAUUUUUAUGGUUUCAAAUAUACAACCGUGUUAUAUAUUUA